CUCACGAUCAAGCGGUUCAACAUGGCCACACAGACGACCCUGACCCUUCAUCCGCUCUCAUCCUUCACCUUCACAACCAAGGAUUCGCAGCCAGAAGAAGAUCCGAGCGUAGCGGCUAGACUGCAGAGACUUCAGAACAAUUAUGAGGACAUGGGCAUGAGGAGGACGGUGGAGGCUAUCCUGGUGGUGCACGAGCACGGUCAUCCACACGUUCUGAUGCUGCAGAUCGCCAACGCCUUUUUCAAACUGCCCGGAGACUACCUCAGACCGGGUGAGGAUGAGAUUUCAGGUCUCUCAACACGCCUAGAGGGUCAAUUGGCGCCUACGUCUAGCGAUCCCAACUCGUAUGGUCCCAAAGGCGAAGCGGGCGAAGCUGGGACUUGGGAGAUUGGCGAUUGCUUGGCUCAGUGGUGGAGGCCCAAUUUUGAGACUUUCAUGUACCCUUACGUUCCUCCGCACAUCACCAAACCCAAAGAGCACAAGAAGCUCUUUCUCACAUUGAGCGUUCCCAAGAAUAUGAAGCUGCUAGCUGUGCCUCUGUUCGAAUUGUACGACAACUCCCAGAGAUACGGUCCACAAUUGUCCGCCAUACCGCACCUCUUGUCCAGAUACAAUUUCAUCUAUGCGUAG